GACCCGCCCGGCCGGGUGAACGGAGUCUCCGCUGCAGGUCCCCGUGCGACGCGCCGCCCGCACACGCUAACGGCAAGUCCCUGCUGCGGGCGCCGCGCCCAGCGCCCCGCCCGUCCCGGGGGCCCCUGCGCAGGCGCGCCCGAGCAUUCCACGAGAGCAAGGCGGGAUCCGUCGCUGCGGGCUCGCCCCGAGACAACCUCACUCGACCGCUGAUUCGCCGGGAUCCUGGAGGACAAGAGGCGGGGCCGAGGCUGGCCCUCGCCACAGUAGUGACGGCAGCGGCAGCUACGCGCGUGCGCGGCAGUUUGCGUAUCUGCGUCCCUCUCCCCUCACGACAGCGCGAGUCGGUGGAGAAUCCGCACAUGCGCACUCCCGCGCGGAAGGAAGGGGGCGGCGCUGGGCCAUGAUCCCCACCCCGCGGCACCAGCACGUGGGACCGCACGGGCCCUUUAGCGAGGUGUACGAGCCGGCCGAGGACACCUACCUGCUGCUGGACGCGCUGGAGCGGGACGCGGCCCAGAUCAGAGACGCGGGAGUUGAGAUCUCCCUUGAAGUAGGAUCUGGAUCGGGUGUGGUUUCAGCAUUUCUGGCUUCCAUUGUUGGACCCAGUGCGUUGUACAUAUGUACAGAUAUCAACCCUAUAGCAGCUUUUUGUACCUUGGAGACAGCUGUACUUAACAAAGUUCACAUUCACCCAGUAAUUACUGAUUUGGUCACAGGAUUGUUACCAAGAUUAAGUGGGAAAGUUGAUCUCCUACUGUUUAAUCCACCAUAUGUGGUAACCCCUUCUGAAGAGGUACAAAGCCAUGGAAUAGAGGCAGCCUGGGCUGGAGGCAAAAAUGGCAGAGAGAUAAUGGAUAGACUUUUUCCUUUAGUGCCAAACCUGCUUUCAACAGGAGGAUUAUUCUAUUUAGUUACAAUUAAAGAGAACAACCCAGAUGAAAUUUUGGAAACAAUGAAGAAAUACGGUUUAAGGGGUACUAGAGUACUUUCUAGACAAGCAGGAAGAGAAACUCUCACAAUUCUCAAAUUCAUCAAGUCCUGAUGACUGCUCUUAAAUCUUCCAUUGCUGAAGAUGUUGAAAGUUAAACACAAAUGGCGUUACAAUGGCUAGGCUAUUUUGUGACUAUAAACUAUAACUCAACAGAUUUUGAAAAAAUUAUCCUGUCUCCUGAUCUGUGCAGGAAAAUUGAGCAAAAUGUUCAUUGUUGUUCCCUUAACCUGGCCGUCAACCCACUGUGAUCUGUAAUCAGUGAGGGCAAAGUUGUUUCUGGACUUGGUUUUCUAUGUAGCAUAGUGGAACAGUAGCUGAAAUGUAAACUUUAAAAAUUCGCAGUCACACUUUAAAAUGUGGAAAUUCACUGGUAUUUAUUUCGUUUUAUAACUGGAAUAUUUUUAUGUGAUCAUGCAUUUAAUAUUUUUAACUACCUUUGUCGUUCAUUAUGGGUUCUCAAAACCAUGUUCUUGCUUUAGUACUUUGUCUUGUCUUAUGGUAAUUAUUCUGUACAGAUAGCUGGUUUAAAUUAAUACUUAAGAAGCCACUGAUCUUGAGGUUAGUGGCCUCAGUCUUACAUUUUGUACUUGUUGCAGAAUCCCCAAAAGCCUAGUGCAUAGAAACUAAUUUUGCUCACAUAGUCGGGAAAACUCUUGAUCUUAUCUUGCUACUGUAUUAUCGCUAUGACUAUUCCAACAGAUGUACCCAAUAUGGAGUUCUGUUAUAUGUCAUCCAGGGUCUUUAAGCUAAAUGCUAUGGGUUAAUAAACAUUGUAAAAAGUUCCGUUCAAUUUAAUCAAUUUUACAAAAUUAUUUUAGGGUAGAGACUAAUUUUAGACUAUAAAAAAGAAGACUUCGUUAAAAGGUACUUUCAGUAGAGCCCAGAAAACUAACAAGUGACAGUUCUUUGUGAAGCAGGUCCAUAUAUGACUAUGGUAUGAUACCAUUCCUAUACUAAUGCACCAUAAAAUGUAUGGGCUGGAGACUUAUAUGGUCUGAUUAUCUCCCUAUAUUUAAGCCCCUUCGUUUUCAGAUUAAACCGGUUCUUACUGAAAAA